AUGUCAAAUGAACCUAUCAACAAAACGGUAGCAGCAUUUGGAAGAGUUUUGGCAGUGGAUCCAUACAAUUAUAUAAAUCAGGUUGACGAUGACACUGUGAUUAUCACACCAAAAUUCAAUACAUCGGGCCUCCAAGAGCUUAAGGUAGGGGUGUUACUACCCUUUAGCCAGAGCAACGAUAAUUUGACAGCAGAGAUUGUUUGGGGAGGGUCUUCUGCUAUUCGGAUGGCAGCAAAUAUGAUCAAUCAACAAAAGAUCAUUCAAGGUGCAUACAUUACUUUAAUUGAAAAGGAUUCGUUUCCGAACGAAAAUGCCGAAGAUCAGGGAGCUGUAACUCAAGCCGUGUAUGCCUCCGUUACAUUAUUGCAGCAAGGUGUUAUUGCUGUCAUUGGCGAUGUUUCGAGUUCUUGGACGACACUGAGUGCAUUGAUAACCAGUACAUUGGAAAUACCGCAGUGUUCGUUUACUGCUAAUGCGAUCGGUUUCUCGGACAAAUCGCAAUACAAGUAUUUUUAUCGUACUAUACCAACAAAAGCCACAUUAGCAGGUGUAAUGCUCGAUUUCAUAGCAAGUCAGGGUUGGAGAAAUAUAGGCGUGAUUUACGACAACGAUCCACUCGGACAGCAAUUCUAUCAAAAAGUCUUGAAUCAAGCUACUUAUCGUAAUCUCAACGUGAUUAGCUAUCAACCAUACAUAUCCGCAAAUAUAACCGAUUUGCUAAAAUUCAUUGAAUCCAGUGCCAUGCGAAUCAUCAUGGUAGGUGUUACAGGCACACAUCAGAUAAAUCUGAUGAAAAUGGCUGCAGCAAGAAACUUGACUUCGAGUGAAUAUGUGUGGUUAUUAAUGGACGACAAUUCAGCCAAUAUGAAGGACAUGAUAAUGACUGGGGCCAUGGAUGGUGCGUUUAUGUUUGACAUGAAAAUGUCAUUAUAUGGCUACCCGCCGUUUGAAGCAUUUUUGAGUGACUGGAUGCGUUUGGACCCUGAAGCGUAUCCAUAUGCUGGAAGAAGAAAUGUAUCUACAAACGAAGGACCCGCUUUUUCAUGCAUGAUGACAAUGGCUCGAGGGUUUAAUCAAACCUUAUCUACCAUCAGCAAUCACUCGCUAGGCUUAGAAAUGCUCUCAAAUCGUUCAUUAGGAUCUGCCAUGACACCACGCACAUUUGAUACGGGCUAUCUUAGUCCUGAAGGACCUUUGCAUUAUGACAGUAAUGGCGAUUUACUUACAGGAAACCACCACAUUUUCAACAUUCAACGUGGUAAUUUAGUCUCUAUCGGUCGCAGUAUUGCCGGCAAAUUCGAAUUUACAACACCUCCCAUGUACCAUGAUGGCACGCAUCAGCCUCCAGCGGAUUUGCCUCCUAGUAAUGCACUCAAUCCUAGUUUCUCAAGUAUGACUUCCCAAAUUAUACUGGGCUUCACUGCCACUGGAAUGUUCUGUACAUGUCUUGUGCUGUUGCUCGUCAUCAUGUUUAGAAAACAUGACAUUUUCCGUGCAUCGAGUCCGUUGUUUUGUUGCUUUGAAUUGCUUGGACUUCUGUUCACCUAUACUUCGGUCAUAUUCACAAUGGGUAUACCAACAAAGACGUCCUGUUUUCUGGUACCAAUUACCUUCAAUUUUGGCUUCCUGCUGGUGUUGGGAAAUUUGAUUGCCAAGAACUAUCGAAUAUACCGAAUAUUUAACAACAUAUUCAUAUCAAGGACAGUGCUGACCGACUUCAAAUUGAUGAAAUUGCUAUCUGUUGUGAUUUCAGUCAACAUGGCUGUAUUGACCAUUGGCUUGCUGGUAUCUUCACCAGAGCCUGUGCUUGUGCAAGUGAAUCCAACAUCUCAUUAUUGGGUUUGCCGGGCUGCUCCAACAGCCAGCCGAACCAUCUUUCUAAGUUUUGGUGCAAUUUAUGCUGGUAGCAUGUUGAUCUUUGCAACAUUUCUAGCCUAUAAGACGAGAUCCGCCGGCAAGCACUAUGACCACUACAAUGAAUGCAAGCAAAUGGGUAUCUCUGUUUACAACAUCCUAUUUUCUGCUUUAGUGGGCUUUACCGCCAUGAUCAAUCCUUUAGCAAAUUACUACCUCAAGUUUUAUUCUGUUGCUGUUGCCAUUUUAUGGGCAACUACAUUCUCAUUAGCGGUGCUCUUUAUACCCAAAGUGUACAUAUUUUACAAGCAAUGGCGAAAGGCUGUAACUGCAACCGAGACAACUGAUGAACCUCCUUCAUUUUCGCCAUCCACCACAGCUUGUCAUGAAGAUGAAAUAGACGAUAUCACUCUUUACUCGUUCCUUAAAUCUACAACAAAGAAACCAAGCAAAGACCCACUUCCGCCACCAUCACCUGUUACUUUAUUAUCACCUAUCGCCACUAGCAACUACGUCCAUGACGAUCACGCCAUGACAACGACGGUUGAAGGUAGAUACGACAACACCAAUGUCUAUGUUGAAGUACAAGAAGGCGAUGUGCCUGUUCGAAAAGCCUUCAAGUAUUUCCCAUUUCUAUCUCAAUGGAAAAUGCGAAGACUGAUGAUAUUCCCAAGAUUCGGAUACAUCUCUUACUAUUCUGAAAAAACAAAAAAAGGCACCAUGAUUUCUUACACGCAUGCCUCUGUCUACAGCAGCACCAAUCCAGAGGAAGACUUUAUUCUCAAGAUACAUGGCCAAGACAAGCACGAUGUUUAUAUUCAGUUGGGCGAUUUUAUCACCAUGGAAUCAUGGAAAGCAUGCUUGAAUCAAGAUAUCAUGAAGCAGCAAGAGCAAGAGGAAUACAUAUUUAGGAAGCGACCUUCGUCAACCACCAUCACCACAAGCACGUCCACGUCCUUGUCAGAUAGCACUUGUCAUCAUCACCAUCGCUCGCGUCGCAGAAGCAAAAGCCAACCGUUGAAGAAACGGCCUUCUUACCCAAUGUUGGUGUCGUCAGUGUCCUCUUCUUCCUUGGCAUCUUCUUUUCGAAAUAGAACAAAUGAAAACAUUAUGUAA